CGAACGUCUCGAUCACCAGGAGCAACAUGACUCUCUCAGGCUCAGAGCAUGGCUCUGUGCCCCCUAAGAUGCCCACCACUCCCCGUCCAGUCAAUCGAUUGACAUCCCGCAAUAGCCAUCCUCCCUUCUCGACUCCGAAGACACCAGAGCUGAGCUUCGUGGAGACACCGCCUGCCAUUGAAGACCCCCGAACCCCAGAAGAUGACUAUGACUCGGACGGAGGCGCUUACCUGCUCGGAUCCCCCUUGGCUGCUCGCGAUCGAAGCGCUCAUGUGGUGAAGAUGGCUGGACAUGGCCAUCUCCUACCUGAUCAGGAAGACUGUGUAGAAGACGCAGAAGACAUUGAUGGCUCAGAUCCAAAAGGUGCUUGUGAGCAUAUUUCCCAAUGGAGGAUCGAUACCCAUGGUGGCAUUCAGAACACGUCCAAAACUUUGAGCAAAGGGAGCGAACAUGCAAGCUCAUUCUCACAUGGGAAAUCCGAAUCUGAAGUGCCUGUCGGCCCUCUUGCGCUCUUGCCGUGGAGAAGCGUUGCCGACUCUUUCCGCAACGUCAAGACUCGGACUACUGCAACCAUCGCCCAUCAGGAUGCACUGGAAGGCACACCAUUCAAAAAGGAUUCCACGAAGACCAUAGGUGGUCACAAUGCUACUGUUGGCGCAAAGGAGGAACCGGAACAUGAUACCGAGGUGCCUAUUCGGAUCCCAGAGAGCGUCACAGAUAUUUCGGACGCUGAAGCGACCAUUGAAUCAAAAAAGGAGAGCAUCGCAACAUCAUUAGUGGCUGCCCUUUCUUCAGGCUCAGCACAGCCGCAGCCCAUGUCCUUGGGGUUCGUCUGGCAGUUGAGCACGACACUUUCGGGGAUCUUGCCCCUUGACACCAUCGAAAGAUUGCAGACCAAGCCUGAGUACUGUAUCGCUUCGACAAAGGGCGGUCGAAGAUGCGCAUUCUCGAAUGGGCAAAAUGGUAUGCCUGGACUGACCAAAGCGGAUGUUGACUCCUUGUUGAACAAGGUUGUCCGGAUCAACGAAGCACCGCAACCAACUGUUGUUGCUGCGCACAUACGGGAGUUAGUGAGCCGGGCGACUUGUUCCCGCUGGCACCAGGGAGAGGCGCAAGAUCGAAUGGAGGAGCUAUGCUCAUACUCCUUCAAGGUGGAUGCCCUUCCUCCUGCGCCCAGAGCCGUUGCUACCAUGAUAGACUGCGUGUUCGAAGUCUGGAUCGAAUCCUUGAUGAGACUCACAACAAGGCCCGAGAAUGCCGUCGUGCUUGACAAUGGUCCUACGGAUUCUUUGGAUGUGAACGUUGCUUCGGCCAUUGCUCCGGUCGCAACGACUUCUUUCGGGAAGUCAGAAGUGUCGCUCAAAUUAAAGGAAGCAGUAAUAGUAUCCUCAACUGCAACCACUGGUUGCGCUGUCAAAUCGGGAAAGCAAGAUGUGGUUGUUAAUGUCCAGAAAAACAGGGUCGCAGCAGGAGGCAUGAGCACUCAUCUCAAUCACAAGUUCGAGAAAUUCGUCUGGUCUAAGAAGAAGGCAUCGCUCUCGACGCAAGACUUACUUCGCAUAACACUCUUCAAACCUUUGAGUGACACUGAUACGCACCGCUCUGGGUUCAUAUAUGUAUUCUGGCAUCCAGUGAGCUUCGGGUACGUCAAGAUCGGAUUCAGCAAAGACGUGGACAAGCGGCUCAAGGCUUGGAAGUGGCAAUGCGGAUUCGAUCUGGAGCAGCACAAUCCAGAGGAGAGAGUGGAGCUCGCAAGAGUCAAGCACCUCCAUCGAGUAGAAGCUCUUGUCCACGCGGAGCUCCGAGACUACCGAAUGAUAGAUCCCAAAUGCUCUCGCUGCGGGAAAAAGCACACCGAAUGGUUCAACGUAUCGGCAAGCCAUGCAUUGAGAGUCGUCGCAAAGUGGACACAGCUAUCAUUGUAUUCUGAUGGCCAUUUAAGACAGGACAUCACGGAGAAAGACAUUGAUAAGAUGUGCAGAUUGCUUGAUGUCCAAGAAUUCCCACUGACCAGGCGUCAAGGCCAAGCUGUGAGGAGCUCGGAUGGGAGUAAGUAUAAGGGUCGCAGGGACACGAGAGACCGAAGGAGAAACGCCCAGCCAAGGUGACGGUGUGAGGGUGUCGCACCAUAUGUGUCGAGGUGUAAGAGAGAUUUAAUGUCGAGGUGCAAUGAAUAGUAAUAGUCCGUAGGCUCCAGACUCGGGCGGAGCCAACGACGGACAGAAAACAGGAGCACAUUGAAAUCCAAGGCUGGUCUCAUAAAACUCGUAUCUUCCAAAUCAUCUACCAAGCUAUCUCCUUCGUCG